AGUCGAUGGUUUGGCUGUUUUACGCGACCAAAUUUUCCGUGCCGCUAGAUGGCGGCGUAAAAUUUCUCAAAAUCAUGUGGCAAUGGACAUAUUUGACGAUUUGAUAAGAAAUUGUGAUGGUGUCAAAACAUAUUUGUGAAAUUAACCAUGAUAGAAAAAUGAGUUGUGUGGCCGUUCGGUAUUUGGAAUCACUAAUCGAGUUCAAAGGAAGUUUGUUCAAUUCUUGACCGGGGUAGCAACAUGAGUUGAAAUGAAGAAGGUUAAAAAUUCUACCGAUAUCCACCAAAAGCAGGGCCUUGAGCAGUCUAAAAAGUUGUACAGAUCUACAACCGAGCAGGCAAAACGUUUAGAUGACGCUCGCAGCUGCGCCCGGACCAUCAGCGACCUAUUCACCCCCAACUUGCAAAUCCAACGGCGGAAAUUCUGCGAGUUCUGCGAACGGUUGAUUUUUUCCGACCCCGUCCUGUAUGGAAAAAAAGGAGAGGAGUUACUGUGGCGCAAAGGCUAUUAUGACGUCGUUUCCACCGCGAAAAAACUCAAAAAGAAGGAAUACACCCAGAACGAAAUUUGCAAUUUACUGGCACAUGUUAAUUCCGGCAUUGGCUUCUACCACCACAUGAUAUCCAAACUGCAGUGCGAAUUUAAUUUAAAUCUGACUCAUGUCAUCGAUUUUUCAAUGGGGGGCGCCUUCGGCAAGGGCGACGCCAGAACGGAGUGUCUCGAGUGGGCGAACCUUUCAGUACACCAAUGUUUGAUUUAUUUAGGCGAUUUGAGUCGAUACAAACUCGAGAUUGACCCCAAAAUUGGGGCGACUCUAGCUUUCCGCUAUUACCUACAAGCCAUUUCGUUCAAACCCGACCACGGCAUGCCCCACAAUCAAAUGGGGACUUUAGCAAUGAACCAGAACAAAUUUCUAGACGCGGUUUACCACUACAUGCGUUGCCUGGCGUGUCCUGUUUCUUUCGACGGGACAACGAAUAAUUUGCACAGUCUUUUCGAUAAAAACUCGAAAUAUUUAGAGCAACUCCCGGUGGAGCCAAACUCUGAUUCGAACACGCAAGACGAUCAUCUCAAACGAUUUAUUUCGCGGUUCCUCCUCCUUAUCGAUAUCUGGUACUUUAAUAAAAAAGUUGCCAAAGUUUACAGUUUGUGCCACCAAACGUACAAAGAUUUAGAAGAGUGUUUGCAACUGAAGACAAGCAACGAAAGUUGCGAGUCGCCGACCGGGAGCGAAACGGUUGAAACCGACUCAGCCGAACAGUUGAACAAUGACAUGAUUUUUAAAAUGAUCGUCAUUUGUCUCCUAUGUAUCUCCAAACUGCAGAAAACAAACCAGCAUCAAGUCUCAACUGCUGUUGCCUUCACCCUUGCCAUUUAUUCCCAGUUGGUUCAAAACGUGGCCAAUCACAUCCAAGAAAGUGUCCUUAAUUAUCCCUUGCCGGAGGUGGAGGUUAAAAUUGAGCAGAACGGGGUUGUUAAAGAUCUACUGAAGAAGAGUAAAAAGAAGCGAAACGCGUCUCAGUUGCGUCGCAGGAAAGCACUUCCUGUCGAAAUCGAGUCGGAUGAUAGCGAACGUGAAGACGACGAAGUCGAUUCGGAUUCGGAUUCCUCCGAUUCGUUUGUCUCUGACUCGGAGAAUAUUUUGGCCGAAUCGUCCGACGAUGAGACUGAAGUUAAAAAAUCGGACGAUUCGGUCAAUGACGAUAAAAUCGACGUGAUUAAGAAAAUCAAACGGAUGGACGUGAACGACAUGCUCGAGAUAAUAACAGAGCAAGGCUCCCUCCAAGCGAUCAAAAUCAUAAACGACUGGUUGAUGCAAGACACCGAAGUUAUAAAAUCCUGCGGUACAAGUACUCGCAGUCUUUUACGUCAAAUGACAAACAUGCUGAACCUGAUUAAUAUCAAUAUAAAAAGCAGCAAACUAUCCGGUAUUAAAUUGGACGUGAAUAAUGUUAUAAAAAACGAAGAGAAAAUCCCGUUGUCGGAAGAUAUUGUUUUGAAAGGUAUUGACAUAUUGGAGAAAGCUCACAAGAAUAUGGAUUGGAAUUAUUUACAUAAACAUGGAAUGAACACGAAAGAAGAGAGCGUCACAAGGAUCGUAAAAUUUAUGGCGUUUGGAAAGUUUCUGACCGGAAUUGAGGAGACCGGGAUCACUUUUGACGAACGGAAAAAUGUUUUUGUUUGUAAAUGCGACGAAAACGACGAGAAUAAAGCGACCAAUUCGGUCGUCGAGGAGUUGGAAAUGCAAGAAACCGGCCACGUAAUCGGUGAUAAGGAGGGUGAUAAGGGCCAACUUAUGAAAAUGAAACAUAUGGGGCAGUUGUGGCUGGCGUCUGAAGUACGAGCGUUGGAAAAUAGAGUGAAAGGAAAGGCUUCGCUCUCGCCCUAUUUGGUUUUAGACGCUGACGCCUUAAUUAAAUAUACAUUUAUGGUCAAACAUUUCGUGCAGUCGAGGAAAUUUAUCGUCUUAAUACCAUCUGCAGUUGUACAGGCUUUGGACGAUUUAAAACGGGAGCAGAGUGAAGCUCGUGACGCUAUCCGUUGGUUGGAGAGUCAAUUUCAUCGCGGAAACCGAUUUUUUCGGGCUCAACGACCCCAAGAACGCGCGGCGAUUCCUUUCAUCAAGUAUCCGAAGAAGCGAGAUAAGGAAAUGUCGACGUACAUCCAGAUCAUUGAGUGUUGCUACUACUUGGCCGAACAACAGAAAGGAGCCGCUAAUCUAAUUACUUUACUUAUUGGGAAUCAGAACGUUUUGUCGAACGGCGAAAAUAAGGAAUUUAGUUACGUGGGCUUGGCGCAGUCGGCAGGGAUUUCGAUCGAAUCAAUUACGCAGUUUUAUAGUAAAUGGAAGAAGAGUUACAAGACGAGGAGAUGAAUGGCGAAUUGAGCGGGAUAUGGGAUUAUGAGCUCAUCGGAUCGUGCGGGUGCAGGCGGUGGUUGUGAAGAAUUGUUCAUUUUGGAAUUUUAACCGCGAACUUUAUUCAUUUCAACAGGAUUUGUAGUUUUACUUGUUUUGUCAGCAAUAAAGGCUUAUUUUACUGAGAA